AACAAAAGCAAAAUACCGUGAUGCAUAAGAAGAAAGACCUUAUAGGGUGUCGUUUUGCUGAAUUUACCAUAACCGACAAUUUUGUCGUGCGGCGGCACAUACGUAUAAAUACAUACGCACCCGACUCCCGGCGUACUGCCCGGCGAAACCGCGCUGAGUACGGCGACCUAGCGCGCGCGCACCCGCACUUCUCACCAAAAAUACCGAACCCUACAAACAAAAUGAAUAAUGCAGAACUAUACAGAAAAAGCAACAGCCUACAAAAGAGGGACGCUGUCGAAUGUCUAGAAGAGUACGCUAAAAAUAUUAAAUGGAAAAAAUAUGCUGCUAGAAUCAUAGACAUAGGAUGUGCUGACGGCAGCGUGACGAAUAUAUUGAAAAGUUAUAUGCCUAUUAAUUAUAAGCAGCUACUGGGCUGUGAUAUAAGUGAGAAAAUGGUGAAAUUCGCGAACGAUCAUCACGGUGUAGGGAGGACGUCGUUUAGAGUCCUGAACAUCGAAGGAGAACUGCCCGACGAGCUCAGGGAUAGCUUCGACCACGCCUUCUCGUUCUACACGCUUCAUUGGAUUAGAAAUCAAGAGAAAGCAUUCAAAAAUAUAUUCGAUAUAUUGGCAAACGGUGGUGACUGUUUACUUUUAUUUAUGGGCCACACUCCGAUAUUCGACGUGUAUCGAAAAUUAUCUCACAGUAACAAAUGGAGCUCCUGGUUAAAAGACGUCGACCGUUACGUCUCACCGUAUCAUGACAGCAGGAAUCCAGAAAGAGAAGUUUCGAAAUUGAUGAAAAAAAUUGGCUUCACUGACAUCGAUGUGCGGUGUAAAAAUAUGGUUUAUGUCUAUGAUGAUAUUGAUGUCCUAAAAAAAUCAGUAGCAGCAAUAAAUCCUUUCGAUAUCCCUAAGGAUAUUUUGGAUGAUUUUAUGGAGGAUUACAUAGGACUGGUACGUGAACUGAGACUCGUGGACAAAGCAAACAACAACAUAGGCGAAACAAUAACCGUGAGACAUAACUACACGGUCAUUGUGGCUAGCGGUCGAAAACUUGCACAAAAUUCGUAAUGGACAUACAAUUAAACAAAAAAUUAUGUGAACUGGCGUGGGUUCCAAAACUGCAUCUAGUUUGCGCGCAUCAACCGUUCUAUUAAGAUUUUCGUCAAAUUUCUAGGAGUUACCAAAUUGGUUAUAGAAGAUUAUAUUAAUUUCAAAAAAUCGUGCAAAAAAUUAAUAAAGCUGAGCUAUUUUGUUGAAAUGCGAAAAUAUACAUGAAUUUUCAUGCUCUAAGGAAAGAACGAAUUAAAAAAAUUAAGAAAGCAAAUAAUAUAAACAUAAUAUGUGGCUAUAUUCGGAAAUAAGUAAUUAUUUAUAUUUAAGACUUUUUCACUGUUUUUGCUAUCGCGUUAUACAGGUCUUGAAUUCGUUGAAAGUAUAUUUGUAAAUAUAAUAUUUAAAUCUUUAUAUUUUGUGUUAAUAUCUCAUUAAAGUCUAAGAUUAUUUGCAAUUAAUUCUGCGGUAUUCUAGUUGAAUACCCAUAUUCAUUUGUCUGUAAUAUGUCAAAAACAAUGAAAUGUAUAUAAUUAUAGUUUAUGGAACUGUCAAAGCAAGGUAUGGUAAAGUAGGUAAAUGGGAAUUGAAUGUUAAAAAAAUAAAUUAUUUUAGCAUAUUUUUCAUCGUUUGUUAUUUUGAACUUAGCGUUUAAAAUAUUUAAAAUUUUAUAGGCUAAACCUACCAUACAAAAAAAAUAUAAGUUUUAACUGAUUAUAAUGAUGUUACAGCCAUUUUUAAGAAAAACUUUACUUCCCAGAAUAACUUCUUCACGCGGACGGAGCCGUGGGCAAAAGCUAGUGUAAAUAUAAUUGCAUUGAAUAUAUCUGCUGUAAGAUUAUAAAUACACAUAAAUAAAGAAUCUAAUAUUAAAUAAACAGGGAAGAAAUGAAGUAAAGAAGAAAGGAUGUGACGUUUUUUAUUACAACCCGCCAUAGUGGCCUAUGUAAGUCGUGUUCCGGGAUCAACAUGUAUAUUCCCAGUUCAAACAGGCCGGCAUAGUUGUGUCAACUGGCGAAGGGUACUCAUUUCUUAUUAGUCGACAUUCUAUCCGGACCCCAUCCCGCUUUCCAUAAGGUGCACUUUGCUGUGAUCGUAUAAAAGACAUAUUAAUAUUAUUUGUUGUUUCGAUACAACUAAUAUAUUGUUUUAAAGUAAAACUUACAUAUUGAUUAAUAAUAUGUACGCAUAUAUUAUCUAAACAAAACUAGAUUUCGAACUUUAUGACGGUUCUUUAUAUUCUAAUUUUCUCCAGACGUUUCAAAGACUUUGCAGCCUUCAUAGUUAGUCCGCCCCAUGACCGCGAUAAAAUUGGAAAACAAAUUUUACUUCGAAACUACCUAAAUGUUAUGUAUUAUAUUAUAAUCAAAAUCAAUUAUUAAAGUGGUUAUUGGUUAGGUUUAGGUAAGGGAAUGUACAUAUUUUUUUUGUUUUUAGACGUAUUUGUUCUGUAAUAUAUAAUAUACUUAAAUAAAUAUGACGGUUAAGUGGCUGUCACUGUUGCA